UAUGUCUAAAUUAGAAACAGUUGGCAGAACCAUUAGAACAGUAGAAAGAGAUACAAUGUUAUACUGUCUCUGGUUUUUAACAUUCUGAGUUUGAAUGUUGCCUUGGAAUGUUUUAAUAUUAGAGAUAUCAUGAUAUAGCCUCAGUUGGGUUGUUAAUAAAGGGACUAAGGUUUGUUAUGAUUUAUAAUGCUAACAACAAUUUUUCCGUUUGUCUUCUCAGAGGUUGUGAAAGGUCAGACAUCUCCAAACAUGUUCUCAUACAUGAUGAACCGAAGCACAUCUGUGAGGUCUGUGGAAAAGCAUUCCGACACAUAAAGAACAAAGAGCUACAUGUCAAAAGACAUAAAGGUCAACGAGAUUACAAAUGUGGAGUUUGCGAUUUCUUCGGUUACACGUUCACGGACAUUCGGAAACAUAUUGAGAGGAAGCACUCUGAUCUGAAAACCUUGGAUUGUGAUAAAUGUAGUCAGACUUUCCAUAAUGAAAGUUUACUCAUUGAACAUCAAAAGCAGAAAUGUGAAGUUACCAUGAUUGAGCAGGCAUUAACCAUUGCAACGUCAACAGGGACGACAGAAGCUCGAAUCCAGAUCCCUACAUCCCUGUCGGUUGAUGGCCAGCACAUCACAAUAGGGUCCCAACAGAUACCCAUGGACACUUCACAGCAGGUCAACAUCACUGUGGAACAACUCAACCUCACAGGAAAUUCUGAAGAUGGUGAAAUAACGCUGACUGAAAGCAAUCCUUUGGGUGGCUCCGAAAUUGCUGUUGCAUCUCAGACGGAGCAGUUUGAGGAUAUCAGUGCAGAUCCCAGCUGUGUGCUGACUGAAGGGACAGGGGUUUCAGAAUCGGUGGGAGAAGAAGGGGAAGUAAGUGGGGGGGAGAGACAAGAGGAUGGAGAAGUAGAAGAAGGAGUGCUUGACGUGAAGGAACUUGGGCAGAAUCUCACAGAAAGCCUGAUGAUGACGAAACAUCACAUCGCGGUACCAAUCAGCGAGGCUAUCACAGUUAGCCAGGUGACAUUCGUCAGUGCUGAUGUCAUGACAACAUCAACGACGACACCAACAACAACAACGAUGGUAGCGCCUGUUGUUGAACAGUCAUUGUCGGAAUUGACUGAAGGUGUUGUGGAAGGGUCGGGUCUGGUGUUGGGGAUGGAAGUGAAAGAAGCUCCAGUGGAGUCAACAGAGGCCAUUGUAGCAACCACAACAGAAACGGCAAUAUUAGCAACAGCGGAGGCAGCAAUUGCAACAGACACAGUGGAAUUGACAACAGCAACAACAACAACAUCAACAACAUUGUCAGCUGCAGAAACAGUCAUGGAAACUACUGCCGAAGUAGCAACUACAGCAACAACAACAACAACAGCCGCAACAACAACAGCAGCAGCAACAACAACCACAGAAGUUGAAGCAGUAGCAGCAACUGUAGCAGAAACAUCAGAGUUAGCAACCACAAAUGAAACAGUAGACCAGCAGCAACAACAACAACAACAACAUCAACAACAACAACAACAGGAACAGCAGCCGGAGCAACAAGUUACUGUUACUCUCACUGAGGUUAAUCCCUCAUCUACUGAUGGAGAGCCUGCAGCUAAUAUGGUGAUCAGUUGAGGACAUUAUUCAACACUUAGACUUUCUCUCUCACUUAUCUUGUCAUUUAUCUGUUGUUCAUCACAAACUUCACCUUAGCUCAAUUCUGUGUCUACCCCUUUUACCCAUUUCUGGCUCAUGAGUUAGCCAGCCAGCCAGCCAGACCACUCAAUCAAAUUGACGACAUCACAUUGUUGGGAAUAUUUUGCUAGGCUGUCUCUUAUGCGACAUCUGGCAACAAGAGAGGGCUAUUGAUUCCUGGUAUCAGAUCAGUUUUUGUUGUGCAACAACUGGCAUUAGACUGCUGUCUCUGUUGUCUUGGCACCAGGCUACUUCUUUGUUGUGUAUUAGUUGGCACCAAAGAGUCAUAUAUUUAAUGCCUGGCAUGUUAUCAAUGUUUAUUGUCUUACAGUUGGCAUCAGACUUCUGUCUGUGUUGUCCCGGCCCCUGGUUAUCUGUUAUGUGACAGCUGGUACCAAGAGGUCUUUUAUUUGAUGCCUGGUACUAAAUCAACCUUUAUUGCCUCACAGUUGGCACCAGACUGCUGUAUUCCUGUUAUCUGACGACACCAGACUGCUUGCAUCUUCUGUUGUCUUGGCACCCAUCUUUUGUCUCAUUUGUUGGGUGACAACACCAAGAGGUCUUUUAUCUGAUGCUGGGCACCAGGUUAGUCCUUGAUGUCUGACUAUUGGCACCAGACUGCUGUCUCUGUUGUUUUGACACCAGAUUAUUUUCUCAUCUGUUAGGUGAUAGCUGGUACCAAAUCAGUUUUUGUUGCCUCACAGUUGGCUCCAGACUGAUAUUUCUGUUACCUGACAGCUGAUACCAGACUGCUGUUUGUGUUGUCUUAGCACCAGACUGUUGUCUCAUCUGCUGUGUGACAGUUGGCACCAAGAGGUCUUUUGUCUGAUGCUUGGCACCAAGUCAGUCCUUAUUCUCUGACAGCUGGUAGCAGGCUGUUGUCUUUGUUGUGUGACAACUGAUGAACUGCUGUGCAUUAUAAUAAGCACCACUGGACUUUUGCCUGUAGCCUAUACAAUUGACAUUAGUGUUUUGUUUGUGACCCUAAUAAUGGGUGCCAGUGUUUUGGCUGUGACUCUUAGGGCUAGUACUAGCUGUGUAUUAGCUGUGAUUCUAACAGUUGGUGUUAGCCUAUGUCUAUGACCCAUACAAGUUGUAGUGUUGGCUCUAACAAUUGGCACUAGUCAUCUAUUGCUGAUGCUACAGUUAGUACCAAUCUUCUGUCUGUGAUUCUAACAGCCAGUGUUUGUUUAUUGGAAGCUGCUCUCUAACAAAUUGUAUUAUAAAAUUAAAAUAAUAUAAAAGUA